AUGGCCACCGAAUGGUCUCUGGAUUUCUGCCUGGUCUGUGAUCGACAGACACUUGGAGGUCCAUAUUGCUCUCAAACUUGCAGAUUGGCAGAACUGGAUCUCGUUUCAUCCGAACUACCACUUCCUUCAUCUGAAGCAACCACAACCACGACAAAGUCUUCCCGUUCACAUCCGUCUCGAUCCUUGUCGCCUUCUUCAUCACAAACAUCUCUCUCAUCGCUCCGGAGUAACAUCUCAUUGAACUCCGCCCUGUCAAACCAAUUCCAGAACGAGUUACGGGAUUACGCCAGCUGUUUCGACCAAGUCCGCGACUUGAAGCGACGAAUGACCUCAUGA